ACUCGAGAACCGAACAAACACAGACGAGACCUUUUCUAUUCCUUUUAUUUAUUUUUCCCUCCCUCUCUCUCUCUCUCUCUUCAAUAUCAUACGCCUCCUUCCCCUUUCCCACCCCUCUAUCCGCCUCCGCCGCCCCCGUCCCAACGCGGCGACGACCGCCGGCUACCGCGCCUCUGACCGCGGCGCGUCCUCCCGCGUCCCACCGCUCGCCGGAGGUCGACGGGAGCAGGCGGCGCGGGCACCGACGGGCGCCGGCACGCAGGCAUUCGCCGCCCCGCGCGUCCCCGAGGUUCGUGUCCCUAUGGUUCCGUGUUGGGACGGGUGGGGCGGCGCUGUUUGAGCAUGGAAUUCUGAUUGGUUUUGUGUUGGUGUUCUUGCCUCCGGGAGGCUGGGAAUUUAGGGUUUGGCGGGCCGCGGCGUGAUCAGCAGCGGCGGAGUUGGUCGGAAGGGGGGCCGUGCAUUGGAUGGUCUCGAUCCGUACGGCUCCCUGCUGACCGCCCGCCGCAAUGGAGGACCCUGGCGCGGGCGCGCGCGGAUGGGAGGAUCAUCAUGUCGCCGUCCCGCGUCUGUUGGUGCGCGGUGCUCAGGGGAGAGGAUUGUCCACAAAGGAAGAGGAAGACAAAGGGGGCGACCUUGUUGUUGGAUUGGUGGAUCCUGUUGCGUCUGCUUCUGCCUCGCUUGAAGGAAGAAGGUGUCAGAUGGGCGAGGAGAAGGGUUGUAGUUCAGAGGAGAGGCCCAUGGACGUGGAGGAAGAGGAGGGAAGUAGUUUGGCGUUCGCGCCACAGGAACCCGCUGAACCUGGCAGUUUGCGGUUGUGUCAUGUCGCCAAUGGCAGAUUGUUGGAUAAGACGAUAUGUGUUCCUUGUGGCAGAGCAGUCUGUUCUGAGGAUGUCGGAUACGUGUAUGACAUGCUGGACAAAGUGACAGAGGGGAGGCAAUGUAAGCGGGAGGGUGCGGGUAACGGAGGUGAUUGCAGUGGCUUGGCGGAGGUAAAGACAAGUAUUGAAGAUUUACAAUUGGCUUGUGAUAAUGGGGGCUUGUCAGAUUCGAUGAAGCAUGGCAGCGAGCAACAGCCAUGUGGAGUUGAUGGCAUGAGAUCUGUGACGGAUGCUAAUAAUGAGCUGCAACAGGAUUAUUUGCAUGAAGAUUCAGUUCCUUACGUUUCUGGGAGAAUUGAUGUUUUUUUAGAUGGAAAGACAGUUGGGUGUGAUCAAAUACCCGGUGAUUCAGUGCCGUGUCAUGUGGACGAUGGCGGGGUGUGGACUAAAGGUUUAUGUGCCCCUGUUGGUGAAGGAUCUCAGUCCAUUGAUGCUGGACACAUGUAUGACAUGGAGGACAUAGCGACAGAGGGGAGUCCAUGUCAGCAGAAUAGUUUAAUGGGUGACAGAGGUGUUUUGAGUGGUGGUGCGGAUGUAAAGACAAGCCUAGAUUUGGUAAAACUUGAUAUCGAGUGGUUCACAUCUGGCAUGGAUGUCACAUGUUUGAAGAAAGAUGCUAACCAUGUUCCCCAAAAAGAUGGUUUGUUACCGAAAAUUGGAGCAGAGGACUCUCGGACCUUGCAUGAAGAUUCAGUUCCUUCAAACUCUGGGAGUAACAUUUCUGUUUCUUUAGAUGGCAUGGCUGGUUGGACUGGUGAAAUUUCUGAACAUAAAGCAAGCAUGGAGAAUGUGACUUUUGGCUCACAAGGAGAUACACUUUCUUGUGAGAAUGGAUGUUGGAAACAAGCUCCUGGAAGCAACUCCAGAAAUGAGGUGGACACAAGUGAAGAGGACUUACAGACAGGUUGGAUGGAAGCAACUUAUGACAAUGGGGGGUUGUCAAAUUCGGGGAACCGUCACACAGAGAAACUGCGAUGUGGUGCCGAGGGCCUGACGUUGACAACGGGUGCUAAUCAUGAGCUGGAAAAGGAUGGUUUUUUGCCAAAUAUUUAUGCAGCAGUCUCCCGGCCACUGAAUGAGGCUUCUGUUCCUUCUAUUUAUGGAAACUCCAUUGUUGUUCCUUUAGAUGGGAAGGCUGGUCGGGUUGGUGAGAUAUCUGAAAAUAGUACAUGUGUGGAGAAAUUGGCUUGUGAUUCACUGGGAGGAGAUAUGGUCUUGUGUGAGAAUGACCUUCGGAUGGAGGCUUAUGGAGAUGAGAAUCAGUAUUCCAGCAUGGACGUGUCCAAUAGGUUGAACUUAUCUGUUUGUGAAGAAGCAAACAUGGGAAGUUUAAAAUCUUGUGGCCCUUGUGCUCAAAAAGAGGUGCAACAGAUCUCUCAAAAAUAUCUGACCUCUGAAUUAUCUGCAGAGAGAGACACGCGUUGUUCUUUGUAUACCCAAUCCUGCGGCGAUGAACCUUGUUGCAGCGGCAGGGAAUCAACUGCACUAUGCCUUGAUUAUCAAGAUUCUGCUCUUGGCAGAUCUGGCCCUUUGGACCAUUUGGCACAAGAGUUCAAUGCUUGUAAUUCUGCUGAAGACAAACCCUGUUCAGUUGAUUUUGUCAGCAAUGCUAAUGAUGGAGAAUCACAAAGCCAAAAGCUGGCACCAUUGAUUGUAUUCAAGCGUAGAAAUCCAAAAAGAGCUGCCUCAUCCAGAAAUCUUAAUUCUGAGAAGCCUGAUCAAAUAAACAAAGCAAGCAGUGGCACACGCAAACCUAAAAAGGUUAAUAUUGCGAGCUCAUUACAUCAAAGCACCAUAAAUAUGUUCCCAAACAAAAUCACUAAGGGAAGAAGUGGCAUGAACAGGCCACAGAAAUCUUCUGCUUGGGGCAGUCUGCAAAAGCUACUGGAUGGUUUCUGUCAGAGUUAUGGGCCUUUGACCUCUAAUUCUCAUCCAACUUACCUGGAAGAAGGAAGAUCAAAUAAAAGAUCUGAUCAGAAAAAUCAGCGAAGCAUUAGGAAGAGUCUAAGUUCAAGAUCUUCAAAAAGUAAAUGCUUUAUCUUCUCUGAUAUAGGGCAUUUAACUGAUGAAUUGAAUGGGCAGCCUGCCUUUUCAGCUAUUGCUGAUACUGAUGCUUCCUCGGAAGGUUGCGGAGAAGACAUUCCAAAAUUGGCUUCUCAUACAUUGGAGUGUACUGACGGUGCUAAUGCACAGCAGUUGAAAAGGGACUUGAUGAGUUCUACUCAGGAAACAUGCCCUAAAUACAUCGGUGAAGAGUAUGCUAAGCUUUCAACUUCUGAACCUUCUUUGAACAAUGCCAAUGGUACUGUCAUGAUACAUGUUGGAUUUUCGCCGGAUUCUGUUUUGGAGGUAGCUUCUGUUACUUGUGAAAGUAAUGCUUCUGCGAGCCAUGAUGUUAUACUACGCGAAAACUCAUCUGAUGCUGGUGCAUUGAACGGAGGUGGUCAUCAUCCAUCUGUUUUAUCUACUUCCGACUCUGGAAAAGAUCAAGCUCCAUCGUUGAUGCACUUGGAGCAUCAGGCUAAAACUGCUGGGGGGAGUGAGAACACAAGAAGGGAAGAGACUGGUCCAUCCCAUACCAUGAUAGACAAUGAUGUUAGUCAAGGAAAAGUGCAAACUUUACAGAAGUCCAAUGCAGUGAGGAAAAAUAGUAUUGUCGGAAAGCCGGGUUGCAAAAAGAAAGAUGGAACUAAAGGAAAAAACUUGAAGACCGAAAGUUCUACCCAAAUUUCUUCAUGUGAAGCUUCAAAACUCAGGGCCUUCUCUAAUGAUGAUUCAGUUUCACUUGAUCCAUCUGACUUACUGCUUCGUACUGGGCAUCCAGAGCUAGGUUCUUGUUUUGAGGUCCAAACUCCAGCCUCACAGGAUCUUGGUUUGCUUGAACAUAGUAAUAUGCAGAGUCAUUCUGUAACUGAUAGUGACAAAGGGAGUGCCUUUCACACUAUGAAAUCGCCAUGGCACAAGAAAAAGGAUGCUAAUGCAGGAAAGAAGGGUAAGGUGCGGGAUCCACAUACAAACGGAAAAGGUAAUCUCAGUCCUGCCACUGAACUUGCAUUCAAGAACUCUGGCACCAUAUCUACUGAUUUAUCUGGAAAUGUUACUUGCAAAUUGGAUGAGGCAUCUGUACCCCCACCACCACGUGCUGCAUGGGUGUGUUGCGAUGAUUGCCAAAAAUGGCGCUGCAUACCUGCUGAACUGGCAGAUGUCAUUGGAGAAACAAAUUGCAGAUGGACUUGCAAGGACAACGGAGACAAGGCGUUUGCUGACUGUUCUAUUCGACAAGAGAAGACAAACGCCGAGAUCAAUGCAGAACUUGAACUUUCAGAUGCUUCAGCUGAUGAAGCAGACAAUGAUGGAUCUAACUCGAAAGCUUUCAGAGCACCAUCAUGGACGCAUGUUAGGUCGAACUUGUUUCUGCAUCGCAACCGCAGAACUCAAUCCAUUGAUGAGAGCAUGGUGUGCAACUGCAAGCCUCCUCAAGAUGGCCGAAUGGGUUGCAGAGAUGGCUGCUUGAACAGGAUGCUCAACAUUGAAUGCGUGAAGCGUACAUGUCCAUGCGGAGAGCAAUGUUCCAAUCAGCAGUUUCAGCGGCGCAACUAUGCAAAACUGAGAUGGUUUCAAUCUGGCAAGAAAGGCUAUGGACUGCAGUUGAAGGAAGACGUAUCUGAAGGAAGGUUCCUUAUUGAAUAUGUUGGAGAGGUCCUUGACAUAACGUCUUACGAAUCCCGCCAAAGAUACUACGCUUCUAAAGGCCAGAAACAUUUCUACUUCAUGGCACUAAAUGGUGGCGAGGUAAUAGAUGCUUACACUAAGGGAAACUUGGGCCGAUUCAUCAAUCAUAGCUGCAGCCCUAACUGUCGUACAGAGAAAUGGAUGGUCAACGGAGAAGUCUGCAUUGGAAUAUUCGCCAUGAGGAACAUCAAGAAGGGUGAAGAAUUGACAUUUGAUUACAACUAUGUUCGUGUAUCUGGUGCUGCUCCUCAAAAAUGCUUCUGUGGUACUGCCAAAUGCCGGGGUUACAUUGGUGGAGACAUAUCAGUUGUUGAUACCAUCACCCAAGAUGAUGCAGAAGCAGGGCAUUUUGAACAAAUGGUUGUUGACAAAGAUUCCGAGGGAUUGAUGGGUGCAGAUGUGUUUGGUUCUCAUGGCAGCCAUCCAGAUAUUGCGGAACCUGUCUUUACUAUUCAAGGGAAAGAUGUCCAUGAUUGUCCAGCUGCAAAUGCAGAGUUACAAUCACUUCUGCAAACUGGAGGAACUUUAUUUGACACUAGUGAGUCCGGAAAUUCCUUGGAAGCAUGGAGCCCACAGGAAGAUGAAGAUGCCAUCCGCACGCCUGUGCAUGUCUCACAAUCAAUUGAAAGUUCUUUGCAGCAUUUUCGAGUACAUGGCACUCAGUCAUCAGAUUGUUUGCAAAAGACUCCAAACACAUUGGAAGGAUCAAAGGCUCCAAAUGUAAUAAAUGGAUCGGCACCUAGUUCUGAUUUCGGGAGCAACCUGGUACCUGAUUUCAAUGCUAAUAAGAGAAACAACCUAAAACAACAUAGAAAUGUAAAGCUAUCAUCAUCAUCUCCAAUUGACAAUGAGCACAUUUUGGGAGUUGAAGGGAGACUGAACAACCUUCUGGAUGGAGACGGAGGUAUCAGCAAGCGAAAAGAUGCGACGAAUGGAUACUUGAAGCUUCUCCUCGUAACUGCCGCGGAAGGUGACAAUGCUGGGGGCACAUCCAAAAGUGUGAGGGAUCUUUCGUUAAUUCUUGACGCACUUUUAAAAACAAAAUCACGUGCCGUUCUGUUGGAUAUCAUCAACAAGAAUGGAUUGCAAAUGCUUCAUAAUAUAUUGAAGCAGAAUAGAAGCAACUUCUUUCGGACACCGAUUAUACGGAAGCUUCUGAAGGUAUUGGAGUUUCUUGCUCUGAAACAAAUUUUGACAUCUGAACAUAUAAACGGAGGUCCUCGAUGUGCUGGAGUUGAAAGCUUCAGAGACUCAAUGUUGAGCUUGACAAGACAUAGUGACAGUCAGGUUCAUCAGAUUGCUCGGAACUUCCGUGAUCAAUGGUUCCCCCGUAAUAUAGCAAGGAGUGAGCUAACUGAAUAUCCACGUGCAUCCACAUCUGCACAGGAUAUACGGGGAACUACUAUGGUCUGGAAUUCGGCUAGAAGGAAACGCAAGAGCCGCUGGGACUAUCAACCAGAUGAGCAUUAUAAGAUGGUGGAACUAAAAAUGCAAAAUGCUUUUUCUGAACAUGGCGAACUUAAUCUUCAGAUUGGCUUGAUGAGAAACAAGUUGCCGGAGAAUCAGGGAACAAACAGCUAUCAUAAUAAUGUUCCUGGUAUGGGAUGUUCAAGAGAGAGUGCAGAUGACGAAGCGCCUCCUGGGUUUGAGUCUCAACCAGAACGUCGGCCUGUACAAGCUUCCUUCGGCUGCGAGGUUGCUCCAGGACUUUGCAUGGAGAGGUACCAACCUAGCUUGACUAUUUCAUAUGGGAUUCCGGUUGCCCUUGUUCAACACUUUGGAACCCCUGAAGCUGAUGGAGGUCAGUGCCACCAAAAAUGGAAAGUUGCACCUGGUGUACCUUUUAGUCCUUUUCCACCAUUGCCACCCUAUCCACGAGGGAGUCCUUGUCCCUCAUCUCAGAUGUCCCAGCAUGACGGAACACCCACAGUGGAACAUAACAGUUCAGGACAUUGUGGAAGGACAGCAGACAGAGACGGGAGAGUGCAUAGGGCUUGGCGGAAUGGCCCAAGAACAAGAUGGCCAUACAAUAACCAAGGAAGGAGAUUUCCAAGCAAUCAUCAUAGAUUUGAAAGAUUCCACCAUUCAAAACCUCAAUAGAAUGGUCAUUUAGGAUUCAGGGGCCCUGAUUGACCAAAUCCUAAAUUUUUAACCUCAAGUAGUGGUGGUAUACAUGGUUGUUCCUGCUCAUCAGAAGUGUAAAAGAAAUUGUGUCAGCCUAUAACUUUGUUUCAGAGAAACUGUUACCAUCAGUUUAGUAGGUGUAGAACAUAUGCUGCAAAUAGGUCAUUGCUCUUGCAGUCUUGUUACUAAUUAAUUGCUCAUUGGUUUUCUCCGCCUAAUGUGUAUUCUCAACAGGAAUAAUUGAUUUGAUUCAAAUCUUUUUACAGGCAAAAGGCUAACAGAUUCAAUUGACA